ACUGUCAACAUCCAGGGCAUCUGUAAUUGGCUGCCUGCUCCAGAGGCGGGGCAGCGAGGUGGAGUGGCUCUGCGUGGCCGUGCGCCGCUGCUCUCCCCUCGGCUCCGCUCAGUCGAGGUUACCGCUGCUUCUCCCUCCCUCUGCCCCUCUCCUGCGCGCACAGAGGACACCCAUGGACUAACCACAGAGAGAGCAGAGCGCAGUGGACUUUUCAGGGGACAAUGGCGGCUAAAGAGGACAUUUACAGCAAAAUCCUUCCUCGCAGGCUGCGUCAAAACCGUCUUGGUUCGGUGAAAUGUGGCUCCAACCUGGACGUGCUGCUGUCCAUGGGCUUCCCCAGACCAAGGGCACUUAAAGCCCUGGUGUCGACGGGAGGCCGGAGUGUCCAAGCUGCCUGUGACUGGCUGUUCUCUCACGUAGACGACCCGUUCCUGGAUGACCCUCUGCCCCGUGAGUUUGUGCUGUACCUGCGCCCCAGCGGACCCCUCCAGAACCAACUGUCCCACUUCUGGCAGCAGAGUCGAGUCACCUGCGGCAAAAACAAGGCCCACAACAUCUUCCCCCACAUCACCCUCUGCCAGUUCUUCAUGUGUGCAGAUCACAAAGUGGAGGCCCUGUGUGAGUCCUUACAGAGCACCGUGCAGCAGUGGAGGGGCCGUUUUCCCAGUCCUUUGCCCCUGGAGCUCUACACCUCCUCAAACUUCAUCGGGCUCUUUGUGGAGGACCAGGUGGCGGACGUGCUCAAACAAUUCGCCGCUGACUUCGCCACAGAGGCAACACGGAAAGCGGAAGUCCACGUGGAGCCUCAUAAGAAGCAGCUCCAUGUGACGUUGGCCUAUAAUUUCCCCACGGAUCACCUGCCGUCUCUGGAGAAACUGGCCAAAGGCAUCGAGGUCAAGCUGGGCUGUGAUUGGCUCGCCGUGCUCUUCUCACGAGACAUUCGAUUUGCGAACCAUGAGACGUUGCGGGUGCAGUACCCCUACACUCCGCAGAACGAGGACGAGCUGGAGUUAGUCCCGGGGGAUUAUGUCUUCAUGUCUCCUGUGGACCAGAACAGCACCAGUGAGGGCUGGGUGUUCGGGACGUCCCUCUCCACGGGGCUGUCCGGUUUACUGCCCGAAAACUACGUGACCCUGGCAGAUGAGUCGGACACGUGGAUCUUUCACGGGUCCCACUCGUUCUUCAGCUGCGGUCCGUCCGACAAAAGCGCUAAAGACAGAGGCAUGUUUGAUGGACUGCUGGACGGUCGCCGCCCUGAAAACUCCAGUCCCGGAGAAACGCCCUCCCUCAGUCUCAUCUGUCAUCCCAUGCAGCAGGUUCUGCGGAUCAGCGGCAGUCACUCUCGACAGCCCAAGAGGACGCUUUUCGUUUGCCGUCAUGGAGAGAGGAUGGACGUGGUGUUUGGGAAGCACUGGCUCUCCCUCUGCUCCGAUAGUAAAGGUCGCUACAUUCGCUCAAACCUGAACAUGCCUCCGAGUAUCCCGAUGUGGGGAGGACAGAGGGACUACGACAUGGACGCUCCCAUCACUGUGUUAGGAUGUACGCAGGCACGACUCGUGGGUGAGGCGCUAUUGGAAAGUAACACAAUAAUAGAGUUUGUGUACUGCUCUCCUUCGUUACGAUGUGUCCAGACAGCGCAGAAUAUCCUAAAAGGUCUGCAGCAGGAGGGGAAGCUGAAGCUGCGGAUAGAGCCAGGUCUGUUUGAAUGGACCAAGUGGGUUUCAGGAAACUCACUUCCUGCUUGGAUUUCUCCCUCUGACCUGGCAGCGUCCCACUUCAGUGUCGACACAACGUACAGACCGCUCAUUCCUGUUAACAAACUCACUGUGUCUGAAUCCUACGAGAUGUACAUGAGCCGGAGUUACCAAGUGACCAAAGACAUCCUGUCCGACUGCAAAAACACCGGAAACAACGUGCUGAUUGUAGCCCACGCGUCUUCUCUGGAGGCCUGCACUCGACAGCUGCAGGGCCGGGGUCCGCAGACCACCAAAGACUUCAUACAAGUCGUCCGAAAGAUUCCAUACUUGGGCUUCUGUUCCUGUGAGGAGCAGUCGGACUCAGGGGUGUGGCAGUUAGUGGACCCACCCAUCCUGCCUCUGACUCACGGACCAAACCACACGUUCGACUGGAGGGAAACUCUGAUGCAGGAAUGACCCAAAACUGCAAUAAAUAAAGUUAUAACGAACUGAAAGAGACUACGACGCACUGUCAGCGGCUUCACAGAGACAUUUCACUGAGGGUGUGUUUGCUCAUUGAUGCUCCAUGAGGACUAAUGCUGAUAACAUUAAUCCUCUAGCGCCAUCUUCUGGUUUACUUUUGCUGCAUGACACAAGGGAGUUUGGACUGGGAGAAAGCUGCACUGUGUGGAAGCUCCGAGCCCAGUUUUGUGAAAAAAAUGAGUGAUUAAUUUAUUUUUCUUAAUGAUUGUACAUGAAGUUAUAGUUUGUUUAAUGUAAAACCCGACAGAAAGAGCUUCCUAUUCACAGAAAAAAGACUCAGGUUCUGUAUUUAUGGCAGUCGAGUUCAAAAUGAAAGCUUGAAUGAAUUGUUCUCUGGCUCUUUUUCCAUUUACUUUUCAUUUACGUUCAAUGUCAGUGUCCAUAAACAACAUUUUUAACAUAAUAUUAGCGAAAAAGAGCAGAACUAUAUCGCUUUUUCUUAUUGUUAAUUUCAUUUGAGGCAUCAGGUGACAAAAAAAUAAAAGAUUCUAAACUAUUUGUGGCUAAUACAACUGUAAAUCUUUAUGUGGAUAAUAGAGAAAUAGUAAAUUGAGGCAUAAAAAGUCAAUGUGAAACCAAUUUAAGCAGAGUCUAUGUCAAAUUAAUAUUUAUUUAUAUGUAAAAAUGUAAAAAGAAUUAAUAAAACACAAAUUUAUAGGGGAAAAUCCAACAAAAUAUUACUAAAACUCUCCAAGAAAGUUCAAUUUUGUCCUGUUAAUGCAUUAUUUUCAGUAUUGAUACGUGUUUAAAUUAGUUUCAAUGCUAAUUUAGGUAUUAAUUAAGAUCUGAGUAUUGUUUUUUUGACAUACUUUAUUACUUACACACAUGAGUACACACGUUUCCUGCUAAUAGCACAAAGCAGGUCACCCCUUCAUUUCAUUUUCACAUAUCAAACACUCCGAGCUCAGGUUUGGUAAAUAUUUGUAGGUUUGGAGACGUGAUGAAGUUGUUUAUUUCGUGUCCUGUCUGAGAUUUUCAUGACAAACUUCCCAGAUACACAGCCCGCGUGUAGCACAUGCAGUUCACUCCUUUACUUUGCUCAUAUUAUAUUUAAAAGUGACAUGAAGGUGGCACAAACUGCAAUAUUGACAAUCAUACUGUAGCUUAUGAUUCUGGUCAGCAGCCUCUUAAUGUUUAAUGUCAGCUGUACGUUCAAGUUGUAAAUAAUUAUAUUUUUGGGGAUGAUAAAGUCUUCCAUUUCCUUUGCGUUUUAUUUAUUAAAUGUCUCUUCCAAGUGUAAUAUUUUUGAAGGACCAUCGCAGUUAUUGGCAUGCUACGAGUACUGCGCUGUAUCUCAGGUGUUUACUGCAUUUAAACGUAAAAUAUGCAGCUUUGGGUGACCGUGCUAUUGUGACGUUUAUGUACAACAGAAAUAGCAACUUUAAAAUAGUCAAGAAUGAUGUAGUUUAUCGAUUGACUGAAAGAUUCUCCAUUAGUCCAUUCAUUUUGGUGUAAAACGUCUGUAUUUAAUGAACAACAUGAUGAACGAUGUAAUGGCCACUGUUCAUUUUACGGGAAAAUAUUAUAUGAUAAAAGUUUGUAAUUUGUGUCAUGGUGUGAUGGUAAAAUAAAAAGUAUUACAUGAAAUUCAGGCUUUAUUAAAGGAAUUUUCUGGAUUU